AAGUUCCACACAAGCACACCAUUACGCAGAGAAAAGUAGGGCAAACGUGUUAUGCAUAUAUAUUUGACAUUUACUGUUGCGAACGCGUUACAGUGUAGGUUACAACAAAAAUCUCUAUUUUAACUUAUAUAGUAUUAUUUAACGAUUGCAAUAUAUGAGUGUUGCCUUGCCUUGAAUUAAAAAAAAAAUGUUUUGAAUUUUUUAAGUUUAGGCUAUAGUAUAGCAAAUACCGUGACGUAUUUUUAUGCCGUGUGUGUAAGUAAAGUUGUAUAAAAGUGGUAGGCCUAUGGCUAUGGCAUGGCCUGCAUUAAAUUAAUAUAUAUAAACUGUUAGAAACAUACAAUGCAAUACUUAAGUACAAAAACUCAACGUGCAGGCGCAGGAUAUCCGUUUUAUUUCUAAUUUGCUAUCCAUAAUAUUUAAAUUUAACCGGUCCAGCUGUUUUACUACUCUUUAUUUUAUAUAUUUUAUACUUUAUAGUCCUACGUAUUUUUCAGUUUUAACCGAGUGCCCUUCGUCAGUGUCCAGUGUUCUCUGUAAGGAGUUACCAAAAAGUAAAAAAAAGCAGGUACUUUUGAUGUAGUCUACUCAUCACUCCAAUUCCAAUUACUCCAAAUGUCAUCAAUUCUCAAAAGAUUUGCAACGACUAUUGCUGCUAUAAAUACUAGUAUUAGUAGGUAGGUAAAACUAACAGAUUACUGAAUACUGAAUAUUUAAUCAUUGAUUAUAAUAUGAAUAACAUUGAAUAUGAAGCAUGAAACUCUAAAUGCAAUUAGGGGCCCUCCCGUAUGUCAUGCUAUUUUUGGACAAUUUUCACCCCCUCCUUCUCCACUGCCACUGUCACAAUCUAUCAUAAAUCUCAGACCCCCUCACCCCCCCCCCCCCCCAAAAAAAAAAACAAUAUAAAGUACCUCGACAUCACACUUUUUAAUUAAAAAAUUGUUUAAAAAUUUAAAUGAAGUAAAAUUUGAUCUAAAUCAGUGAUCACCAUAAAACUUUUAAAUUUGCAAAAGUGACAUCUUCUGUCACAACAGAAAGUGCAACAUCACUGUCAAAUUCAGGUUAUAAUUUUUUUAAUGUGUUACAGUCAGACAAGAUCUUUUCAACCCCCCCACCCCCUAUAGUCACACUUUAGACCCCCUCACCUCUCUGGAGUGUGACAUACUUUAUGGACCGUCCCUUACUGUCACUUUCUGGAAUCCGUUCACUUCAGUCUCUUAUACUUUUAUGAGAGUAUUAUGCAUUUUAUUCUUAUACCAUCCACUGAUCUCUAAAUAUUCUGAAAUUCUGGUGUGUCUAGUGUAGGCCUAGUAGUUUUACUACAAUAUUAAUUAUAAUAAUUUUUAAAAGAGGCUUAUAUGUGACUAUUUAGAUCUAUGAUGAAUGAAAUUAUAAAUUUACCUUAGUCUGCCAUGGUCAGAUCACUCACCAGAAACAAUGACAAUUCCAAGGCCAGGCUGAAUUGUUACCAAAAAUGUCAGUAUCUACUAAAGCUUGAAUUAAUUAAAUUUUACUGUUGAAGAAUUUAGAAGCAGUAGAGUAUUAUUUUUUACCCAGCUUUUUACUACUGGUACAUUCAUCAUGAUCGAAAAAAAUUUUCUCUACUGUCAGUUCAGCCUGUGUGAGAAUCUUAAAGUAAAAUAACAUAUCUGUAUGGUUACCAUAUUUCCCUCUUGUCAAAAGAGGACAAAAGACAUUUAAUAGGAUUCAAAAGAAAGAAAAAGAGGAAAAGUAAAGGACACAUUUUUAUAUGUUAAUAGAACAUUUAUGUUAUAAAUUUGAACAGGAAACACCAUAAAACGUUGUGUGUUUGUUUUUUUCUUAUGAAAAUAAAUGAAUUUCAGAAGAUAAGAUUUUCUUUUGUUAACAUUUUUUUAACAACCAAUAAAAAUAACAAAAGUAAAUCUUUAAUAUUCUCACUUACAACAAAUAAAAAAAGCAAAUAUAUAUCCAGGAGUUUUUCACAUUUACAUUAAAAACGUAUCUCUCAUAAUUCUAUUCUUGUGUGAUUUUUAGAAGAUUACUUUUUAAGUUACUAUAAAAAUGUUGAGAAGACAUAUCUCUGAAGUUAUAUUGCUCAAGAUCUGUGAAAGUUUCAAUAGUUAAUUUCUAUCUCAUUUUCUCCACUGAGCAUGUAUAAAAGAGAAAAGUAGUUCAACAUUUGCAUUGUGAGAGAGAGAGGAAAGAAGCAUUUAGCAACUUUUAACCGUUCUAAAUACAGCUACAGUCACAUUUUUUAGAGCUUCCAAUUUAUUUUUUCCAUAUUCAUGUCACAACAAUUUGUUAAAUAUUAAGUUGCUGUUUCCAAUAUAUUUUUAAAAUAACAGAAUUCAAACAUAUAAAUAUUAAUGGAGAUAACUUUUCAGAUGUUCAUUAUUUAUGUUAUAUCUAAGGACUAUAAAAAUAAACUCCUAAUAAACAUACAUGCCAAUCUGUACGGUUUAAACAUUGUUUGAGUUGUACAGCCAUACAGGAUUCUGUAUGGUUUUUCAAUAAAUUUAGAAAUGAAGAAAUUUUUUUGCUUGUGAUGACAUAUGUUUGAAAUUCAUAACUGGCAAUGCAAUAAAUUCAAUGUUGGUCAAUAGGAAGCAGAAAUCCUCUUGGGCUGUUCAAAAUGACUUUUGGCCCAAAUUCUAGGAUUAGUAGAUGUGAUCGAUCCAUAUGUAAACAUGCUAAAAUGUGCACAUCGCAAAGGGGAGAUUUUUUUUCAUGAAAAUUAGGCUUAUCAAGAAGGAAAAGUUUGCAUGCAUUCAAAAUAAUUAAAUCAUGAAAAGGUUUUAAAUGAUACCGGUACUUUAAAAAAAAUUUCCUUUGAUUUUUUCUGUACCCUAUGAUUUUUUCAUGCUGUUUUACAGUUCGUUUAAACUUUUGUAUAGUUUUUAAUCCCAACAGAUAAGCAUGAAUGAAACAUUUUUAUUUAAAGUGCAGAAAAGGAAAACCUAAACAUUUUUAAACAUUUCAUAAACCUGGUUGGGCCAAAAUUUAAAGGCUAUAAAAGUAAAAAUGUCUGUAGACAAACAAUAUUUUUAAAAUUUUCAUAAUUGAUAAUGUAAGUAGAUUAAAUAGUAAUUUUAAACAUGCAUACAAACAAUAUUUUUAAAAAAAUGUGUUAUUAACUAUGCAAUUAGAUAAAAAAAAAAGUAAUUUUAAACUUGCAUUAUUUUAUUUUAAUAGAUUCUUCGCUGGUUGAUAACCUACUCAUGUCUUGUAGCCCUGCUUUGUCUUAUUUAGUUAAGGAAUUAACUGAAGUUAUGACAUGUUCAUGGUAGUUAUAUACAGUCUCAUAGUCAGUAUGUUAAAAUAUGAAUCAGCAUUUAAAAUUUUAAGAAACAAACAGAAUAAACCUAACAAUAAUAAUAACAGACCUUUUCAAGUAUUUAAAAAAUUUACUCACACUUUAAAAAAACUGUGUGGAUUACAUCUAAAUUUAACUUCUAAUAGUUGUAUAAUAAAUUUUAUAAAGUGAAAUCUUUUUGUUAAAAAAUAAUUAUCUCAAUAACCUCAUUUUAAUUUUUGGAUUAUGUAAAAUAAAAAUGUAUGAUUCCUUUACAGCAGGCCUGCACAACUCAAAAUGUAAGACGGGCCGUAAUACAUUAUGAAAACUUGUGGGCGUCAAAAGAAAAUAGGACAGGACUUGUGCGGCCCAAAAGAAUAUAGAUCAGAGGGAAAACUAUCAAGAAAAUUUUAAGAAUAAAGAGUUUUUCGUUACCUCGCGGGCCACAAAGUGGGUGCUGGUGGGCCACAUGCGGCCCACGGGCCGUAUGUUGUGCAGGCCUGCUUUACAGUUUAAAAAUGUAUUAUAUCACUCAGUUAUGAUUUUAAAAAAAUAAUGUAGUACACAAAUCAUAAUCGUUGUGACAAUGUCAUAAAAAAAUGUGUGUACCAUUGAUAAAAAAAUAAUUUCUUUAGAAAAUUAGACACUUAUGAUCAAUAAUGUAUAGGCCUACAAGCAAUUCACACAUUUGAGUUAUGUAGAAGAUUAAGUGAAGUCUUUAAGAACUAUGAACUAUAUGUUUUGUAAAAAUGUUUAAAGAGAUGUAAUUAUUGCUAGUAAUUUAAAAAGAUGUUCCCCAUUCAUAAAUUAAUCUCUUUUAAUUAUUUAUGUUUGUUGUUAGCAAAGAUUUUGCAUAUUAAAUGGAACCAUUUGGGCUUAUUAAGUUUAGUUCCAUUAUUGACUAAAUAACUCUAAUAGAUCACUAAUAUUGAGUAGAUAUAAAACUAAUUAUGUGAAGAUUAAAGUAGGUAUGUAUGUAGGCUACCAUACAUAUUUUUUAAAACUUUUUUAAUUGCAAAGAAUUUUGUGUGUAACAGGUCGAAAUUCAAUUUGAAGAAUGAGGAAAACAAGUUACCAUAUACUAUUUAAAGCACAUGAUAAUGUUUGUAAAUGAUUGGAUGUGUUGUUAUAACUUGAUAUGCACAGAGUUAGAUGCCAAGUGAACCAGAAUUUUACUUGUGGACCGUAACAAAUAGGAUGUAAUUUGCAUAAAUGUGACUGGGACAUUGUGUGCCUGAUUAGACUAUAACAGAACUAUGAAUUUUCAAAAUAUCUUUAGCAGUGUUGAUAGCUAGUUCACCAAUAAAAAAACAAAGUUCAAACUACUAACAUGUUUACUAAAAAGAUAGCUUUAAAAAAAAAAUGUUUUUGGAAGAAGACCCAGGCGCAAACAAUUUUUAUUUUAAUGCCUACAUCUAACAGCUGUUAUGAUUAGAGUCACACAGAAUUGAACUGAUUACUAAGUUUCUGCAAAGCAAAUGCAAUCUUGUUAUUGACACAUAAACAAUUCCAGGCUAAAGUCUUUUUAGUCUGUUCUGACCUCUGAGGAAUGCCCUUUUUAAAUAAUGAAAAUGCCAUGAAUAAUAAUAAGGGGAUUCAUGAUACAUUGGUCACAAUCAUGUUGAGGCUGUUAAAUGUUAAAUUUUGUAUUCAAAUCUAAAUUUUAAUGUAAUGAAAAUUAAUUGAUAAUUAAUAGCCACCAUGUCUUUGUGAAAUGAACAAUGUUAAAUAGCCAGACACACAUAGUUUUUUCAAUUGAGUUUCUCCACCUCAUACAUUGUUAAAUAUGGUAUGAACAAUUUUGUGGAUAAGUUAACUAUUAACAGUAUUUGAUUCUCCUAUUGAACUGAGGGAUUAAUUUAUUUGUACAUCUUAAGAUACACUGAUGUCCUCCAAAUAUUUUUUAUUUUUAUAACUAGCUGCCAGCAGUCAGACCAGUUCUUUGCUGAAUUUCAUAAGUCAACAUGAACUUCUCAUUGGUUACGUGGAUAAAUACAAUAUAAGACAAUGCAAUCCAGAUUUUCAAAAAAACAUUUUAAAAAUUCUAUGAGGACUGAAUGAGUGAUGUGAGAGCAAUGGUUCUUAAACUUUUUUACAUUACCUUACCCCUUUACAAUUUAAAAACAUUCCCGAAACCCUACCCCUAUCCCCCAUGGAUAAAAAGUUUGAAAUAUAACAUGUUAAUACUUGAUCUGUGUUAGUUUUCCUUCUUAAUUGACUUGCUAGAAGAUAAAAACAUUACACCAGUAUAAAUAUUGUGCAUAAAAAUUCAUCACAAAAUAAAUCUGCUGCUGCUAAUAAUAAAAGUUCAAAUAAAUCUGUUUUCCCAGCUCUUCCUGCAACCCCCUGGCAUGUCCUCCUGGUGAAGAAUCCAUGAUGUGUUAGAGCUCUGUUUGAUAAAAUGCUUUUUUUGGGAAACAAUCCUAAAUAUAAAAAAAAUAAUAUCUUUACAAGUGUAAUUUUUGUAUGAUUUUCCAGUGGUCGAGGAAACUGGUCAACUAUUGUGCUAGUGUCCAGAAAAAUGUCCUACACUGCAGUGAAUGAGCCCAUGUUGGACUUCGCCCCUGGAAGUCAGGAGAGAAAAGACUUGGAAAAAACUUUGCAGAAAUAUCUUGGUCAGACUAUUGAUGUGCCUAUUGUUAUUGGGGAUGAGGAAAUUCGAACUGAACAAGUCCGGAAACAAGUAGCAGUAAGAUCAUAAUUAGUCAAACUAUUUGUCUUCCUCUUAUGUCUAGUUUAGGGUUAAGGUUAGUUAGGCUUUUGGUGAUGUGGAAAGCCAGUCAUCAUGUGUUUAUGUGGCAUUAGAAUUGAAGCAUGAACCAUCUUCUAUUGCUAAUAAAACUACUUGCUGAGGUCAUCCAUUGUUUUGUUUAAGUUAAGAUAAGAUGCUUUCAUUGAUAGAAAUGAAUAGAUAUUUGUUUUGAUUAAAUUGCACAUAUUGUUUUCAGUAAAAGUUGUGAAAGUCUCUGAGUUUUUGUUUUUCCCUAAAAUUUGUCUGUGGCAAGGCGUUCAGUGAUUCAUUUAAUUUGUGCUUAAAAUAACUGUAAAUACUGUAAUGCGUAUAGGUUCUUGAGUGCAUGUUGGCAUUUAGAACAGAGUCAUGGGCACACAAAUUCACACUAAAGAUUUAGUUUAAUUCAUAGUAAUUAAUGUCCUCUCUAAUGUUAGUAUAUCUCAUUGAAAAUCUUAACACCUAAAUUCUACUUUUGAAGUAAAUGAUAUUCAAAUAAUGUUCAAUAUUGUGUUGAAACAAAAAGAAAAUCUGUUAAUUUAUUUUCUGCAGUUUAAAAAUAAAGAAAUCUGGGUGUAAACAAAGGUGAAUUUAUAUGGAGUUGCUUAAAGGAAUAGAUAAUUAAAUAUUUUGCUUUAUGUAGAUCUUUAACCUAGAUGUAGUCUCGAUCUUUAAUCUGGAAUCAGUCCUCCCCAUAUUACAUUUAAAGAAAUAGAUAUAUGGGAUUCUUAUUUUAAAAAAUGAAUUUGUUAAACUUUAGAAUCACUACCGGUAAUUGAACAUUGUCAUCCAUUAAAAAAAAAAAAGAGUGAUUUGUUAUUGCAUUUUGUGAAAUAUUUCUGCCUCUUUUUCUGGCUUCGUAUUAAACCAUUAGCACUUGCUUUGCUAUCAGGAAGUAUGUUGUUAAAAAGGUUUUUUUCUUUUUCCCCAGCCUUUUGAUCACAACUGGACAGUGGCUACUUUUUACCAUGCAACACCAGUAAGUCAGUAUUUUUGCUUUAAUUGCAACUGAGGUACUUAGUGACAAGUAUUCACAAAAUAUUGUUCUGAAAGUAAAAUGAGGAUGAAUAAUAUAACUGAAAAAUCUAGUUCUACUAUUAAAUGUAAUCAAGCUCUACAGUAGUCACAAUGAUGGUCCUAUUUAGACAUCUGCCGUACCAAGUAUUUUUUAUCGGACAUGCGUAUUUUUGUUUCUUUAUUUACAAAUAUCAGAAAAUAUUCUCUAUUUUUUUAAAGACAAAUUUUUUUUGUUUUUAAAGAUUACACUUAUAAUACCCUUAAGAAAAGAAAAUGAACCUUGAGAAUUAAUAUUUAAAUAAAAUGGAAGUCAUUUAGCUGGUUUCAAUAUUUUGUAUAUUGUCACAAACACUGGUUAAUUUCAUUUUAAUGAAUAAUAUAACAAAAUCUAUUAUUAUCAGGAAGUCAUUAAGAAGGCAAUAGAGUCUAAUAUGAAGGCCAGGUCUGACUGGGAAAAACGCCCCUUGCAAGAGAGAUGUAAUAUUUUCCUCAAGGCUGCAGAUUUGAUCUCAAAAAAAUACCGCAUGGACCUGAUAGCAACCACAAUGAUUGGCCAGGUAAAUCAAGACUAAAAAUAAACAUUUUUUUUUAUUUUUUAAAAAGGGAUUAUUUUGUUUUAGUUGACUGAAAGCCAGACCACUCACUGAUGGACCACAACUGAAUUAAUGUAACAGGUCUGAUCUAUGAAUAAAUGCAAGCUAUAAGACAUUAUAUUUUCGAUUAUUUAUCUAAUUAAUAUCAGCCCAAUUUUCAAAUACUUUUAUCUAAUACAAUAAGAGCAAUUUUUUAUGGUAACAAACAGAAACCCACCUUCUUCACAGAAUUGAUAGGCAUUAUUAUUUUCAGGCCAAAAAUGUCUGGCAGGCAGAAAUUGAUGCAGCUGCUGAACUUAUUGAUUUUUUGAGAUUUGAUGUCAUGUUUGCUCAGGUUGGUAUUUAAUGUGUCAUAAAAGUAGAGAUAAUUUAUGACAUCAAGUGAUAGAAAGCUUUGACUCACUCUUUAGGUAUACAUGUAAUGCUACAUAUUUGAAAUCCUUUCCCCUUGUGCAAAGGCUAUAUAAUGGUGAUAAUUAAAUAAUUUUGACAAUAGUUUUGAUAAGUCAUUGAAUGAGAUUUAAUUAACAACUGUACCGAUUGUUAAAAUUAAUCCCAUUAAGCCAAUAAAACUGCCCCCCCCCCCCCCCUUGGGGUGUAGGUUUUUUGCUUUUCAUUAAUCUCAUUAAUGCAGAGGUAAAAACAAAUAAUUUAAAGACUCUCUACUACCAAAUUUUGACUAAAUGCAAAUAACUUAGUUUAAAUGGCACUAGACAUAAAAUUGAACCAUGACUUUGUUUUGUUACAGAAACUAUCUUUAGCAAUGUUCAUGAUGAUUAAAAUGUUCACGAGGCGCAAACCUGUGCUGCAGUCUAAAUUUACAUUAAGACCUCUCUUACUGGUCCUCAGAAAACCACAGCUUAUCAGCCCUUGAGCCCGUCACCAAACACAACACUGAACACCUUGUCAUACAGAGGCCUUGAAGUAAGACGAGUUAAUUUGAAAGACGUAAUUCAGGCAUAUGUUUUUUGGUUAGAAAACAUAUAUUUUAGUUCUCGUGACAAAAGAUAUUAGUGAAAAUCUUUAUUUUUCAUGUUCCUGUUAUUGAAAUGCUAUUGUUCUCAUAACUUCUCUCUAAUGCUGUUGUUCAAACAGUGAUGAAUAAUCUGAUUAUAUAUGACAUGAAAACAUUGCAGGGCUUCUGGGCUGCUGUUUGCCCUUUCAACUUCACAGCUAUUGGAGGACAUCUUCCUAUGGCACCAGCGUUGAUGGUAAUUAUUAUUUAUGGCAGGGGGCUGAAAAAUGAUCUUUAUCUAGAUCAUUGUUUUCAAAUAUUUUGUUUGCCCGUGGUCUACUUCUACAUUUUAUUUGCCACUGCUACCUUUAAUAUUAAUAUAAAAACUUAUUUUUUUAUAUACAUGAAGACCUUUUUUACAAAAAAAUUUGUGGCAACCCAAGAAAUAUGCUGGGGACCUAUGAGCCUUGCCGAGAAAUGCUGAUUUAGAUGGAUGAUGCUGAAAUCUGUUUUUUUAGAUCAAUUAUUUCAGCUUAACAGCACUUCUUUUAUUUCAAUGAUUUGUUAAUAUAUAUUAAAUAUUAGCGGUAUAAUAAAAGUGCUUCCAGACUAAUAAAAUUGACUUACUGAUCACCUUUUCGAGGAUUGGCUCUCAACAGCCUAAAUGAACAACUUGAAAAACUUGUAAGGAAGUUGUAACCAGUAAUCAUGUUGUAACCAGUGAGCAAGUUGUAACCAGUGAGGAUGGUGUAACCAGUGAGCAAGUUGUAACCAUUGAGCAUGUUGUAACCAGUGAGGACGUUGUAACCAGUGGGCAAGUUGUAUCCAGUGAGCAAGCUGUAACCAGUGAGCAAGUUGUAACCAGUGAGGAUGUUGUAACCAGUGAGCAAGCUGUAACCAGUGAGUAAGCUGUAACCAGUAAGCAAGCUGUAACCAGUAAGCAUGUUGUGACCAGUGAGUAAGUUGCAACCAGUGAGCAAGCUGUAACCAGUGAGCAAGUUGUAACCAGUGAGUAAGUUGUAACCAGUGAGCAAGCUGUAACCAGUGAGCAUGUUGUAACCAGUGAGAAAGUUGUAACCAUUGAGCAAGUUGUAACCAGUGAGCAAGUUGUAACCAUCGAGCAAGUUGUAACCAGUGCGCAAGUUGUAACCAGUGAGCAAGUUGUAACCAUCGAGCAAGUUGUAACCAGUGCGCAAGUUGUAACCAUUGAGCAAGUUUUAACCAUUGAGCAAGUUGUAACUGUGCUAUUUAGACUAAGAAAGAAGGGAGUGUGAUUAGUAAAAUAGAUUUGUCCUGUCUGACUUGUCUCACUGCUAUGUUUGUGUCUAGGGAAAUGUUGCACUGUGGAAACCUUCAGAUACAGCUGUACUGUCCAAUUAUACAGUAUUCAAGAUUUACAGGGAGGCAGGCUUACCACCAGGGGUUAUUAACUUCCUGCCAGCUGAUGGCCCAGUUUUCGGGGAUACAGUUUUAUCAUCACCAGAUUUCGCAGGCUUAAAUUUUACUGGAAGUGUGGGGUACGUUUCUUUUGAAUGUAAGAAACUUUGUUUCUCCUGCAUUUUGCUUCUUUUAUGUGAUAAUAAUGGGGGAUUGACUGCAGUCAGGUUAGUUAGAAGGAAAGAUAUGAACCAAGGGAUAGGAUACCUACAAAAAAAAAAAGGACAUAAAAAAGAAAAAAAAUGUGUCAUCCACAAGCCUUUAUUGUACCAUACAAACAAUGCUUAAUAGAAAUAUAAAAAUUAAAAUAAACACUUUGCUGAAAUUUAGUAUACGAAAGGACAGCAAGAAGAAUGCAAUGGACCAUUAGUAGGUAAGAGAGUUAACAUAUGCGAUAUGGGAAGGAAGAGAGGAAAAGUAAGUCCAGUAAAGGAGGGGCCGGAAAAAGAUUGAACGAAUAAAAGGGAACGUGACAUUCAUGCCAAUGUUAUGUCAAGGCCCCAUAAGUCUGUAUCAGUUGGUUCUCUAAGUUCACCCCGGCAGGCGCGUUAGUACAGAAAACAAUGGUGGUGAUGGCCAAGCCCCUUGAGUCCUUGCGGUCGCUUCUGUUGAAGUGUUUUGAGGUUGGACACUGUUUACCUUGUGCAAAUAAUCAAAGGUGUUCAUUACAUCUGUCUGAGAGAUGCCAUCCAGUUUUGCACAGAUAAGCCAUAUACCUGCAUCAUUUAAAUGUAUAGUUGAUUCACUGAUGCUAAUAAAAAAGAAGAUGAUUCUCUUAUUAAAGUGUUAGAAAGGCUAAUUUUGGAUUUUGUGUAUAACCCAAAUUUUGUACAUAAGUUAUAAAAUAAAUAUAAAUUAUAAUAAUUUUUUUUUUAAAACUAACCAUCAAAAUGCCAUCAGUAAAAUACUUGUGAUCAACUGAUUAAACUAUUUAAAUUUUUAGUACCUUCAAGAAAUUAUGGAAACAGAUUGCACUCAACCUUGACUUAUAUCGAAACUACCCUAGGAUAAUUGGAGGUAAUUGCCCUUAAAAUGUUAUUGUUGGACUUAUAUUGAAACUACCCUAGGAUUAUUGGAGGUAUCUGCUGUUAAAAUUGAAUUGUAGACUCUUUUAAAAGGUAACUAAUUACCAUGAAUUUUAAAUUUCUUCCUGUUGUUGCAUGUUGAUCUUGUGUAUUAUUCAGUAUUGGUAUGCUAUCUCACAAGUGAAAACAGCAUCACACCUUUAUAUUUAUGAGAAAUACAUGAAAAUAUUAAAUAACAGGAUGUGUUGAUAAUUAUUAAUAACUGUUCAUGUUUACUGGAACAAUAGCCCUGGAUGAAUGCUGCACUGAAUCUCAAAGCGAUGUAGAAAAGGACCAUGAUAUUUUCAGAGAAAAAAAUUCUCAAUAAGUUUAGCAAGCACAGUUUAUGACUUGGUAAAAACAGUUUCAAAUACAAAGGCUCUGUUCACUUGAUGCUCACAGUACCCUCAUUUGCUCACCUCAUGCUCACAGUACUCAAAGUUAGAGGAAGAGACAGAGACCAGAAAGAAAACACAAUAACAUAGAGAAUGUUCUGUACACAGACUCAUUCUGCCAAACUUGUGAACAAGGAUCCAUUCUGACAAAACUGAUGAUAAGCCCUAUCAACAUCACUAAUACGCAAUUGCUGCACUUGGCAUUUCACUUUAAUCCCUAUACACAAGUUUCCAUGUCCAGCCUCUUAGCAGCUUAUAUUUCUGAAGACAAACUGAGGUAAAAUACAUCAAAACUGAGAUUUAUUCGAUUUGGACUGUCUUUAAAAAAAAAUCACUCCAAUGUCCAAGUUGUAAACGAUAUUACCCACAAAAUUCCCCUAGUCUUAAGAUGGCCUCCACUCAAUCAUACAUGCAUUAUCCACCCCUGCUCAUCAAUCACACACUGAAUAACUUUUUAAUUCCUUUUUAAAUUAUUCCUCAAGAUUAUCUUCUACAUUGGCGAUUUCAGAAAAGCUUAUUUUUUAAUUUUUACUCAAGUAUGGUAUUUAAACUCUUAAGUUUUAUUUUUCAGAGUGUGGUGGCAAAAACUUCCACUUUGUGCAUCCAUCUGCUGACAUUCAAUCUAUUUCCACUGGGUCUGUUCGUUCAGCCUUUGAGUACAAUGGCCAGAAGUGUUCAGCUCUUUCUAGGAUGUAUGUGCCUCAGUCUCUCUGGCCAGAGCUGAAAUCCAAGCUUUUGGAAAUAAUGAAAGAUGUCAAGAUGGGAUCUCCACUAGACAGGGAAAAUUUUGUCACAGCUGUUAUUGAUGAUAAGGUAAACUGAUUAAAUUUGACUUUAUCUCAUAUAAUGUUAUAUUAUAUAAGUGUUUUUAAAAUUUAGGUUAAAAUUUAAAUGACAGUUUGUGUUGUAGCAAAUCUGUGAGCAAAGAAUAAAAGGUGAUUCUUCAUGAAUAAAUCAUUAGCAUUAAGCUUAUGUAUUAUUGUAAAAUAUGUCUUGGGUUGUAGGAGGUGAAGUUGAACUAAAGCUUAUUGUGUUGUAAACUUAUGCAAAGCUUAUUGCUGUAUUAAUAAUACUGUAUAUUGGUUUUUGAAAAAUAGUUCCACUUUUUAUUUAUAAUUAGUCAAGUUGCAUUACUAAGGUAGCACUUCCCUUAAAAAUGUGUUUAUUCAAAUAUAGAAACAAUGGAGUUAAUUAAUAUAUUAUUAGCCUAUAUCAGACUAAUAGUAAUAGUCAAAAUAAUAAAUUUCUAUGUUUAGGCCUUUGCAAGAAUUAAAAACUACAUUGAGUAUGCCAAGUCUAGAUCUAGUAUGACAAUUAUUUGUGGAGGGCAUUAUGAUGAUAGGUGAGUUGGAUUUUGUGUACCUCUCUGGUACAGCUAAAUAGUUAACAUAACUUUUUUUUCAAGGUGGUCUCCUUUUUUUUUUUUUUUUUUACUUCUGUCAUUUUCCAAUGACUACUUAUACAGAUCUAGAUUUUAUAUUUUAAGUUUUUGAACAAUUCCACUCUUUCAAAUCAUUUUUAUAUUUUCUAACAGUAAAGGUUAUUUUAUUGAGCCCACAAUCAUUGAGACAAGGGAUCCACUGGAUAAAAUUAUGCAAGAGGUAAAUUUAAAUGGAUAUCAAGAUAAAUUUACUAAGUUCCUCAAAGUUGUGCUAUUAUUAUUUUUAUUAUUAAUGGUUUUAUAUAGCGCGGUAACCCAGCCUAGGGCGGGGCUCACCAUGCUGUGUAAUGUAUAUUAUAAAUAUUUAAAUUAAUAAUCAGACUCAAACCAACAUUUAUUUUAUAUCUUUGGAUACUGUGUGUGACUUCAUCUACUUUCAAGACUUUAUUAGUCCCAAUAUAUCGGUUUGAGGAUAUUAAUUAUUUCUUUUGUUUGCAAAUUGCUGUUGAUCCUUAUUUUUAUACAAACUUUCUCCUUCUAGUGUAACUAAAAUAUAAAUUAUUGUUACUGAAAUUUGACAUUUUUUUAAACAACUCUUAUCUUUGUGUUCAUUUCUAACAAACACAUAUUGAUAUGUGGUAUAUGUUAGUUUACCUUUCACUUCUUUCUCCCAAUGUACAUGCCAUUUAAGCUUUAAAAAGUCUUUCUUUCUGCAAUAUAUAUAUAUAUAUCAUUUAAUAUUAAAAUUUUUGUUAAAAAAGCAACCAUACACCUGAGUGGCAAAGAGUUAAGUUAAAAAAUGUAUUGCUUUUUAAACUAAAUUAAUUUCUGUCUGCAACUGCAACUUUUUAAAUACAAUUUUUAAUGAUUUAUUUAUAUAGAAAUAGGAAUUACAAUAUGUUCCUAUUCAUGCACUAAAAUAUAUUUGGUUACAUUUUAACUGCUCACAAUUUAUUGUAGCUUUAAAACUAUUUGUGUACCUUUGAUCUAGGAAAUCUUUGGCCCAAUAUUUGCAGUAUAUGUUUACCCAGACAGCAAGUUAAAGGAGACAAUCAAAUUGGCCCAGACCACAUCACCAUAUGCACUGACAGGUGCAAUUUAUGUACAAGAAAAGUAUGUUUACAUUAUCCCUGGUUACAUAGAACAUGUUGUCGUCAAAUCAACCAUUGCUGUGAACCCCUUUUCACAUUUUGUAUCCUUUCAUCAACUGAGCUCAAAGUGCAUGUCAAUAAAAGUACUAUUCAUACAGCCCAUGUAGGGCUUUGGCCUGCCUCACAACAUCCUUCCCCUCAGACUUAACUGAUGCUUUUACAUCAUACUUUUACUUUCUGUGCUUGAAUUCCCAGCAAUAAAAUUACUAGUGUUUCAAAAUUAGUAUUUUAUGUUCUGUUUUGGGUUUCAAUUAGGUGGCUACAUAAGAUGUACCCAUUUCUAUGAAGUAUGUCAAUGAAUUAUUUUUUCACUGCUCUAUAUUCAGUUUUAAUUACAAUGCUUCAUCCAUGUGUCAUUUACUUAAGCGUAUUUGAUUUUAAAAUAGUGUUGCACAAUUAUGAACCUUAAUGUUUUUGUGUGUGUGUGUUGAUAGGUAACAUUUUUUUAAUGAGUUGAUUUCAUGUUUUUUUAAAAACAGAGCUGCCAAAGAAGAACUGAUUGAGGCUUUUAGAUAUUCUGCUGGCAAUUUCUACAUAAAUGACAAGAGCACAGGUUCUGUUGUUGGUCAGCAACCAUUUGGUGGGGCUAGACUGUCAGGUACAAUUAAUACUUCUGCUUUUUACUUAACGUUUUAUAUGCACAGGAUGUUUCAUCCUGAUUGCAUAAUGUAUUUAUAUUUUAUGACUUCCUCUUGUAUGAAGAGUUCAUAAAAUUCAGAUCAAUUAAUAGGGCAAGGCUCAAUAGGAUGAAUAGGAACAUAUAAAGUAAAAAAAAUAAUAUAGGACUAAAUAGUUAUGGUUUAAAGGUUUAAGGGCUGAUCAAAUCAAUUUUUUUUUUCUUUAAUUUUUGCUCUGUCAUUAUUACCAUACAAUAAUAUUUCUAUAUUUAAGGCACAAAUGACAAGGCAGGUGGUCCUCAUUACAUGGCAAGAUUUACCUCCCCUCUGUCAGUGAAAGAAACAUUUGUCCCUCAAACAUCAUGGCGCUAUCCUUCCAUGGAAAAGUAAACUACAAUGGGAAUUAUAUUAAGGAGCACAUGAUGUAGUAUCUGUUUUUGUUCGGUAGCAAGAUUUACCUCCCCUCUAUCAGUGAAAGAAACAUUUGUCCAUCAAACAUCAAGACUUUGUCCAUCCACAGAAAAGAAACCACAUAUGUAGUUGAUGAAUGUUUAAAUAGUUUACCAGUUCUAUGGUAUUUGAAUCUUUUUAAGUUUUGCGAUUUACCAAAUUGCUAAUUAUUUUUACAAUGAUAUAAUACUUGUUAAAGAAUUCUAAAGAAAUUAGUUUUUCCUUUCUAGUCUGUAAACUGUGUUAUUUCUUUAAAAUAUUUUCUUGAUUUCAGUUGUUGUCAUAAUGAUAAAUAAGCAAAAGUUCCACUGGGUUUUAAACCAAUCAGCAAUGUGGCAUUUUUGAAAUGUAGCACAAAAAAAGAAUCUUCAAAUGAUAUUAUGUUUUAUGUUCUGCCAGUUCUUCAUUUUGUUACUGGCACAUUAAAAGCAAUCUCAAAAUAUUUUUUAAAAGCUGCACUAAUUUAAGGCAUUCAAUCGAAAUUUUAUUAUGUUAUUUAUACAAUGAAAUAUGUACACUUUCUUUUAUCCGGUAUUUGCUAAUGUACCUGUAUUAUAUGCUAAAAUCAUCGAGCAGUUAUUCAAUAAUUCUUUUUACAAAUUAGUUAUUAAUAGUAAUUUUGAGAAUUUUAAGUCUAGAAAAUAAGUGUAGUUCAUUUAAAAAAAAUUAAAACAAGUUCGAAAUAUUUUUAAAAAAAAAAUUGCUUGAAUAUUUUGCAAAAAAAUCAAAACAGCUUGAAACAUUUAUUUUGAAAUAUUUUUAGACUUCUGUUUUCUUUUAUUUAUUGUUUAAACUUUAUUGCAUUGUUAACCUUAUAAUCUCAUCACUUUUUAAUUGCAAUCUCAUUUUAAUAAUGUCUAUGAAUCUUGAUGCCUGUCAAUUUUACCCCAUUUACAUUAUCUGUUUUAUUUUAUUGUGUGAUAGCUCUGGCCACUGGGCUAGAAACAAUUGUUACUCAUUUUCUGUGUGAUAGAUGAUAAUUCUCAUUUCAGCCUGUUUUAAAUCUUAAAAACUCAUCUAUGUGAUAGUCACCUUGGAUUCUGCCAUUAAUUUAAAUGUUCAGUUUAAAUCAUGUUAUAACUUUUUGUGCCGUUCAAAUUAUAUUCAAGUCUUUGCGAUGUUGAAAUUUUUAAAUAUCAAAAUUGUAAUUAAUCAAAUUAUUUAAUCUAAAAAUAAUCCACAUUUUUAAAGAAAAUUCAUUUCAAUCAGCCAUCAAAAAUUGUUUUUUAAAUUAUAUUUGAAAUACAUCGAAAUAAUUCAACCUAAAUUUUUAUUUAAAAUGUCUCACUUGAUAAUAUUUGACAUAAUAUAUAUAUACACUUCACCGAUAUUAUGUGGUUGAAAUAUAUGAAACUUCAUUCUUUUACAAGUAGAAAGAUAUUUUUUAAGAUCUGUUAAAAUACAUUUUAAAAAAAUUUAUUACCGGUAUUAUAAAUUUUGUGGAAGAUAACAUAGUUACCUUUUUCACAUUCAUGCUUUAUUUAUGGCUCUCCUUUUUUCUUCCUUUCAUGAGGUGAAGGACAAUAUAUUACUAAUUACUAUUACACUUUAAAAAUAAAAAAUUUACCUUAACUACCACAGAUAUUUAUUGAUACCAAUAGUUUUUUUUUUUAACCAGUGCACAUGGAUUGUUGGUUUUUGGGUUUCAUUUCUUUCUAUCUUCUCAUUAUGUUUUACUCAAGUGUGCCUUUUUUUCUGUUUAAAAAUAUGAACAUUACAUUUAAGUCAUAUAAUUUUGUUGCUUUUUAAAAUAAAUCCUAAAUCCCUUUAAUUCUGAUGCAUGCAAGAUGAAAAGUAGAUUUAUUUCACAGGCGAUACCCAUAUUUAUUUAUUUAUUUAUUUAGGCAUUUUUAUAUAGCGCUUAUCAUAAAGCUCUAAGCGCUUUACAGUUAUUAAAACAUGUAAACUAAGUAAAUACAAAUGAGACACUAGGAUAGUAACUACUAUUCUAUAGAAACAAUGAAAAUGGCUAUAAAAAGAGGACACUUUGACACUUCAGGAUUAAACCGAAACAGAAAAUCAAAACAGCAUAUAUGUACGUACCACUGUUUUUAUAAAACAAAAAUCCUUCUAAUACCUGUACCUGCUAAAGUAUUCAACUUUACUUAAUCAAAUGUAUUUCAUGUAUUUCUUGAUGUAAACUUUGUAAAUGUUAGGUAGUGAUAGCGCAUAGAAAAUCUUCCUUUUUUAACCAAGAUAAAAUUACUAUUACUUUUAGUAUGAUGUUACUAAAGUUUCUGAGAACACCAGCGUUUGAAAGUAGAACCGGUACAGAAACAUUGGCUUUUAAUUUAAUUACUUAACUUUAACCAUAUGACUCUCAAGCUGUUGUAAACAUUUUAAGUUUUUAUUAUAAAUUUAUCUUUUUUAACACAAAUAUUAUUAUUAUUGCUUGCACUAUCGGUAUGCAAAAUGACAUACAUACUACUGGGUAUUUUAAAAAUAUUAAAAAUAAUAAAGACUCUCUUUUGUCAUGUGGUACCAGUAGUGAAAAACAAGGGCAAAUUUAUUUGAAACUAGUGUAAAAACAAAUUUAGUUUUAAAUUAUAAACUAAAAGAAAAAAAAGAAUGAAUGCCAGCAAUUGCUAUGAGGGGUUAAAAUAUUUUUUGUGGUUGAAAGUGAUAUAAAUAUAAAACUUUGAUUACUGAUUUACACCAAAUGUUUCUGUUGUUGUAGCCUACUUUUAAAAGGCUUUUCCCACACAAUCAAAGUUGAAGACUUACCAAUUAUGUGAUGGAGAGCAUACAAUCAAUGUCAGGAAAUAGAACCUGGUGAUACUUGUUAGGCAAAUAGGUGCCAUAUUUAAGCUUGCUAACCAAAUUGUGAUUUUGAAACAAUUCACUCACAAUAGACUAUUUAUGGGUGUCUUUAGGCAUGCACACCAUGUGAAGUUAUAAAUGGUUUUGCAUUGCUGAAAUUGUAUUCCUAGUUGAUUUUCUUCUUAAUUUUUUUAACCUGUUUACUCUAGAGAAAUUUGACAUUUUUAUGCUCAAGCCUUUAAAAAAUGUGUACCAGUAACACCAAACUUUUUUUUUUAAGUGUUCAAAGUUACCAAAGUAUAUGCUUGCACUGUAUGGUUCCUUGAUGCAUACAAUAUCAAGCACAUUAGAAUCCUCAUAGAAACAUCUUGAUGCAUAAUUUGAAUUGUUUCAAAUAUUACAAUUAAUUGCAUUUGGCACUAAAUGUUGAUGCCUGUGUUUUUAGUAGCCUCCUGUAUUCAUUGGUUCAGAGAGUAUUAUUAAAAUUUUGCUCCACAUGAGAUUAAAAAUGUCAAGAAAUUAUGCUAUAUUCUGUGAAGAUAAACUUAAUUUAUAUAUUCAACAGAACAAUUUUUAAACAGCUCCAAUGGUACUGAAUUUGCAACAGACAUCAAUUAUGAAUGUUGCAUUGUUAAUACAUUGUCAUUAAGUAACAACCAGUCCAGCAAUAGUUUGAAAAAGUUUAGUUACAUUUUUUUAAAGAAAGGAUCAAUCAAUUUUUAAGAUAAUACCAUUAAAGGGAGUAUGUAUAUAUAUAAAUUAUAACCCAAAAUAAUGUAUCCAAGAAUUAUUUACUGUUAAAUCCAUUUUGAAUGCCUAACCCUUUGAUUAGGUUAUUAUGCAAGGGAUGAAAUAAAAUUUCAAUAUGCUGAUGAUC